UGGUUUCCUUCCUUCCUUCCCCUUCUUGGUUCUUUCAACUACCGUUUCCCCUUUUUCUUUCUUUACCUUUUGUCCAGCUCACUCCCCCCAGUAGAAGCAAGCAAGUUAAAAGCCUUUCCAAGGAUUGGAGCAACGUGCGGAUCAAAAAAAAGGAUUGGAGCAACGUUUAUUUAUAGCUGUUCCACCAGUGGAACAGGAGGAAUCUCUUCAGUCUCCUCCUCCUGUUUCUCUCUCUCUCUCUCUCUCUCUCUCUCUCUCUCUCUAAAAUGGAGUAGUACUACUAAAAUGUAGGAGUGGUAGUAACAUGAUGAUAGCGUAAUUCUCUUCACCUUUAUUCGUUUCCCAAACAACCAUACCUGAAAACAAGAAAAAGAAUCCAAAACCCCCCUCACCAAUCCCAACAAAUCACGAACCCCACCGCCGCCGUGAACAAUGGAUGAUUCAAUUUCCACCAAUCACAAUCCCCAGCGCCGCCGUGACCCACCGCCCCGCCGCCGCUCAUGGUGCUGCUCCUUCGCCGUCCCUCCCCACAGCCCCGAAAACCCCGCUUUCUCCCACCCCAAACCCCCUCGUAAACCCGAAACCCUCUUCAAGUCCUUCGCCAACUCUCCUCAGCAGACCACUAGAUUCGGCCUGGUGGGCCGGAUCUUGUCACCCGGUCGGGUCUCCCCCAUCGACUCGGAUCCCACGCUUCAAGAACCUAGGGUUUCAGUUUCACUGCCCUCGCCGAUCCCCGAUGCCAAUUCGCAGUCCCGAUCCGAAGGACUGCAGAAUUCGCGGCCGGGGCCGGAGAGGGGUGCGGGGGAGGAAGGCAAUUUGGGGGUUUUUGAUGUGAGGUUGAAUUUGAAAGGGAAGAGUGGGGGUACAUUGGUGCUGGAGCUGAACUCGGAGGUGUUGAGUGCCAAUAGCGAGGUUUUCGAGGGGUUGAUUGCGAAUUACCGGAAGAGUAGGAACGAUUUGGGUGGUUCGAGCCUGUGUAGGAUUGAGGUUCCUGAGGUGGAGAAGUUGAAUGUGUUUCGUGAGACAAUUGAGCUCAUGUUUGAACAAGAUAUCAGUAAGAGGCUUUUGAAGAUUGGGGCCUAUCGGUCCAUUGACAUACUUGAGGUAUCAGCAGGCAUCAUGUUCACCAGGGGUGUCUUGUCCUGUUUAAGGUACCUCGAGGCAGUGCCUUGGAGUGAGGAAGAAGAGGACAAAUUGAGGAGCCUUUUUAAUAGGUAUAAUUUCGAUGAAGCAACAAGUGGAGACAUCUUGGCCAGACUCCAUUCAUUGGACUCUGUACACAGCCAACAAACUUUAGCUAGACAGUUGGUUUGGUCCAUCACCACUUGUACUAACGCCAAUGCAAGAAACGAGCUCAAGUCCUUAGUCAAGGGACUCCUUAGCAAAAGCUCAGUCUACGAGAAGAACUAUCCAGACAUCAACAAGGAGGAUUUGUAUAAUGUCUGUCAGUCUUGUGUGGAUUCGUUGGUUAGCCUUUUUGAGGAGGCCACUGGCUCUAAUAGCAAUUCAAAAUUGGGGGAAAAGGAUUCAGAUAAGCCUUUGGUUGAACGUAUCUCAAAACAGGUUGAUAAUAUCAAUUGGCUCCUAGAAAUCUUGCUUGAUCGGCAAAUGGCUGAGGAGUUUGUGAAUAUAUGGGCAGAACAACGGGAUUUGCUCCAAAUGCAUGAGAAUGCAUCUGCUAUGGUUAGGUAUGAGCUCAGCAGGGUUUCCGCUAUGUUAUUCAUUGCACUUGGGACCAGAAAACUGCAUUGCCGGACGGAAGUAAGAUUAGGGUUGCUUGAGGCAUGGUUUGGUCCAAUGCUUUUAGACUUUGGUUGGUUACGGAGGUGCAGAAAGGGGUUGGAUAUGAGGGCAUUGGAAGAGGCCAUGGGGCAAGCACUCCUUACGCUUCCUCUGAAGCAGCAAUACGCUUUGUUCAUGGAAUGGUUCCGGUGUUUCUCGAAGAAUGGGACUGAAUGCCCUAAUUUGAGUAAAGCAUUUCAGAUAUGGUGGCGGCGAUCAUUCCUUAGGGGCUCCGAGUCUUGUGCCAUUGAGUCCAGGCGAUUUCGGGUGCUCUAGUCAGGUCAUUUUUUCUGUCGUAUUAUGUAAUGUUUGCAUUGUUAUUGGGUUAGAUGACUGAAACAUAUGGAAAUCAGUAAUAAUGAAGAUCGACUUUGGCGAAUGUUAGGAGCUUAAAAUGUGAUAAAUGGCAUUGUAGUUGUAAAAGUUGAAAUAUCUUUGUUGUGCCCAUCUGAGCUGGUGCUACAAAAAACCGAGAACAAAUUGUAUGGGCUUUUCAAGAGUAUUACCCGUUACAGCAGAGUUUAAUUCUAUUCUCCGACUUUCACCUC